AUGUUUGGCGAAAGUUUUAGCUUUGAUGAUUCAAAAGUCACGCUGCAGGCUACAGGAUAUGGAACUGAAUGCGAUCAGAUAUACGAACUUGAUCUGAACAUUGACCCUCGCAAACAGAUUAUGCGGAGGACAAGCACAGGCCUUGGAGGAACAACUUGCUCAUUUUUCUUCAAAGAGAACGAAAAUGAUCACCGGCUGUUUGCUGGGAACUUCUGGACGUUGAAUAUGUCCUCCUUUAAUGAUGUUGCAAGAACCUGUCCUCAAAAGAAAUGCCAAAAUGCCUCAACCAUUAUGGAUCCGGUGCUGAAAAAGCUCUGCAAUACUUCCUAUACAUGGGAUAUUGUACCUGAGUACGACAUCUUCAAGGUUAACAAGUAUGGAAACAUUGUGCAACAACUAACAGACAGCCCUGGCUAUGAUGCUGAAGCGGUGCUUAGCCCGGAUGGGAAAACAAUUGUCUUCACAUCAAUUCGAUCCGGAGAUCUGGAACUUUGGUCAAUGAAUUCUGACGGCACCAAUCUUAAUCAAAUUACUUACGAACUUGGAUAUGACGGAGGGGCGUUCUUCUCACCAGAUGGUAAACGACUCGUUUUCCGAGCGAGUCGGCCAAAAACACCGGAAGAUGUCGCCAAAUACAAAGUAUAG